AUGCGAUUUUUACGCACUCGCGAGAUGAGAUAUCGCAACGAAAUGUCAGGACUGUUGAGGAACUUCCGAAGCGGCAAUAUGCAGCCAUUGAAUGACAACCUAAUCUACAAUGUCCCUGGAGGUAAACUCAACCGUGGCGUAUCCGUCGUUGACACCGUCACGAUUCUCCUAAACCGCCCUCCAACUGACGACGAAUACUUCAAAGCUGCCCUCCUCGGAUGGUGUAUUCGAGCUUCAUUCUUCCUUGUUUCCGAUGACAUCAUGGACGGCUCCAUUUCGCGCCGUGGCCAACCGUGCUGGUAUCGUGUCUCUAAUGUCAAGGGGCUCGGAAAGGUACACAACAUUGCUGUAAACGACUCAUGCAUGCUCGAGGGCGCCAUCUACCACAUCCUCAAGAACCACUUCAGACGUGAGAGUUAUUAUGUUGAUUUGUUGAAUUUCACCCAGGUAACUUACAAGACCGAGAUGGGUCAGCUCGUUGACCAAAUCACUGCCCCCGAGGAUAACAUCAACAUAGGCAAAUACACCCUCCCCAAACAUGCCUUUAUUGUGCGGUACAAAACAGCCUACUACUCUUUCUACCUCAGUGUCGCGCUCGCCAUGCGUAUGUGUGGUGUCCCAGACGUAUACGAGCUAAACGGAAAGACCGUCGAACCAUACAAAGAAGCCAACCGCAUUCUCAUUCCCAUGGGCGAGUUCUUCCAGGUGCAAGACGACUACCUCGACUACCAUGGCACCGAGGCACAGAUCGGGAAAAUUGGUACGGACAUCAUUGAUGGCAAGUGCUCCUGGUGUGUGUGCACAGCACUCACCCACGGUACCGACAUGCAAAAACAAUUCCUGUUCGAGAACUACGGCAAGAAGGGUCCCGAACAGGCUAUGAGGGAGCAAGCUGUGAAGGACAUGUACAACGACGAUGAGGGGUUGAACAUUCCAAAGCGCUACGAGGAGUAUUCGAAGAACACAGUGGCAGAGAUUAAUGGGAUGAUCGAGUUGGUACCAGAGCCUGAUGUGCAGGAUGAGUUGAGGGGUGAUAGGCUGAGGCGGGACGUGUUCCGGGCCUUCCUGAGCAAGAUUACUGAUCGUACGGCGUAG